CUCAAACAAGCCUACUGCUUCUAUGGAAUAGGAAGUCCAGGGUUGAAGCUCUGUUCGAAGCUUCAGUGUCAAACUGCCACCACUAGUCUUGGCUGUCUGCUGUUAGGUUUCUUGUGAAAAGGCUUUACCACCUUUGUGGAAGAAGGAUUUCACAUCAUGGCGUUAAACCUCACCAUCAACACGAGCAAUCCGCCUCUAGGAGCGCUUCUGGCAGCAGAGCAUGUGAAGGCCAGUGUGCAGAUAUCAGUGGAGGAAGGCAAAGACACCCGGCUUCAAGUAUCUGAUGCGAUCCAGUUCAAUGACACCAACUCUAUCAGUCGGUACCUGGCCCGAGUGGCUCCAGCUCUUGGCCUCUACGGAUCCAACAUGAUGGAGCAGACCGAGGUGGACCACUGGCUGGAGUUCAGCGCUCGGCGUCUGUGUGGUCAGUCUGGUGUGAGUGCGGCGCUGGGGGAAUUGGAUAAGGCUCUUUCUCUGCGCACCUUCCUUGUCGGACAAUCUGUCACUCUGGCUGACCUGUCUGUGUGGGCUUCCCUCAAAGGUCAUGCGGAAUGGCCGAGUCAGGGCAAAACCUGUUCCCACGUCAACCGCUGGUUCUUCUUCCUGAGCUCUCAGGUUCCCUUCACGGCUGUGGGUAACAAAUAUGCCAGCAAGAAAGCUCCAAUGACCAAAUCCAACACACUGGUACUUGCGUACCAUGCUGCGACGAUGGAUCUGCGAGGCCUUCCUACAUCCCAGGACAUGGUUAGACCGACACCCCAGCACUCCGCUCUGCAUCAGGCCAAACAGCUUCGCUGCACCCGCAUUGCCUCCGAGUGCACCCAAUUCCCGUCAGCAAAACAUACGUAG